CGAUCCUAUUGGCUAAGUGAGAAGUAGUGGGUGUGGUUGGACUGGCGGGAACAUUGAGCCUGGCGGUAGAUUGAAGUGAGUGGCCGGCUCGUAGUGCUGUGUAUGAGAUCGGAUUCAGACAUAAGUGGAUCACCGCCCUUCCACCUCACAGUCCUAAUCGGAUUCCUACUAAUCCUCAGGUGACGUCCAUCCAUCCCUGACUCACAUCCCUUUCUCUUCUUCACACACCGCCACACCAUGAGCCGCAAACCCCGGGCCGUCCCGGCCUACCCCGAGCCGUCCGCAGAGGAUGGGGACAGGAAGUUCUCCAAGUUUCAAAUAAACAAACUCAGAAACUUGACUGAUGAUGUGUUGGACAGAUUUGCCAGCAUUCGUAUUCCUGGAAGUAGAAAAGACCGGCCUAAUUUAAACUACAUAAAGAACUACAACACUCCUGGUGACUGGUCUACAUCAUCUGAGCAGGACGACUUUCCUCCUAAGCAGCUGUCUGAUAAAGAAGUUCUGGCUCUGUUUGAAAAAAUGAUGGAGGAUAUGAAUUUAAUCGAAGAUCGAAAAGCGCCAUUAAGGGAGAAAGACUUGGCCAUCAAAAAAGAGAUGGUCAUGCAGUACAUGAGCACUGCUUCACAAGCCGGGAGCCUGAAGAGCAGCCGACAGAUCUCGCCACAGGAAUUCAUUCAUGAAUUGAAAACAGGUUCUACAGAUGAAAGACUUGUCUCUUACUUAGACUCCCUUCGAGUCUCUCUGACCAGCAAUCCUGUCAGCUGGGUUGAACAUUUUGGUCAUGACGGCCUUGGAUUGCUGCUUGAUAUUUUAGAAAGGAUGGUGGAUGGGAAGAGCCGUGAGAAAAUAGAGAAACAGAUCCAGCACAAAGUCAUACAGUGCCUGAAGGCAUUUAUGAACAACAAGUAUGGCUUAGAAAGGAUCAUGAGUGAAGAAAGGAGCCUUUCUUUAUUAGCCAAAGCCAUGGAUCCCAAGAGGCCUAACAUGAUGACUGACGUAGUCAAGUUAUUAUCUGCCAUUUGUAUUGUUGGUGAAGAAAACAUUUUGGAAAAAGUCCUGGAUGCUAUAACCACAGCUGCAGAAGAAAGGGACAUUGUUAGAUUUAGCCCAAUUGUUGGAGGACUGCAAUAUAAUUUUCUUCAGCUCCAGGUGGCUUGUAUGCAGCUUAUCAAUGCACUUGUAACAUCACCUGAUGAUCUGGACUUCAGGCUUCACAUCAGGAAUGAAUUUAUGCGUUGUGGAUUGAGAGAGAUAUUGCCAAAAUUGAAGACUAUCCGUAAUGAGGCCCUGGAUAUCCAGCUGAGGGUGUUUGAUGAACACAAAGAGGAAGACAUGAUGGAGUUCUCUCAUCGCCUUGAUGAUGUGCGCUCUGAAAUGGAUGAUGCCAGUGAUGUGUUCAGUACGCUGUGGAAUUCUGUCAAGAACACAAAUUCUGAAGGAUAUUUCCUUUCAGUUCUUCAGCAUCUUCUUAUAAUCCGAAAUGAUUAUUUUGCAAGACCACAGUAUUUUAAGAUAAUUGAAGAGUGCGUAUCCCAAAUCGUUUUACACCGAAGUGGUACAGACCCUGAUUUCACUUACAGGAAAAGAUUGGAUGUUGACUUUAGCAACUUGCUAGAUGUUUGUAUUGACAGAGCAAAGACUGAGGAAUUUGAAGACAGAUACCUGGAAAUGAGCAAAAAGUAUGAGGAAGAAUUUACAAUUCGCCAAGAGACCCAGUCCCAACUGCAGAAAAAUGAAGAAAAAAUCAAUGAGCUUCAAGCAGCAUUACAGGCUUUUAAAUCCCAGUAUGGUAUUGCUGUUCCGUCUGGAAGUGUGCCUCCUAAGGGGUCUGAAAGUUUUCCACCUUCUGGUGUUCCCCCACCACCUAUACCACCACCUGCAUUUUCAAGUGGAUGUAUACCACCACCGCCACCACCACCACCACCACCACCACCACCACCUUUACCUCCAAUGGCAGGUGCUCCACCAGGUGCCCCACCACUGCCUUUAUUUUUAGGAGCCCAAAGGUCCCCUCCAAUGAAGAAUCUUCCAUUUGGCCUAAAGCCCAAGAAAGAAUUUAAACCAGAAGUCGGCAUGAAGAGGCUUAACUGGCAAAAGAUUAAGCCUAAUGAAAUGACAGAGAACUGUUUUUGGUUGAAUGUAAGGGAUGAAAGAUAUGAAGAUAAAGAGUUAUUUUGUGAACUUGAGAAUGCCUUCUCAUGUCAAAGAAAAGCUGUAGAAGUGAAUAAAAAUGAUGAAAUUGAAGAUACUCUUGUUAUUAAGAAAAGAAUAAAGGAACUGAAGGUGCUGGAGCCAAAAGUUGCCCAAAAUAUGUCCAUUUUCUUAGGUUCAUAUCGAUUGCCUUAUGAAGACAUUAAAAAAAUCAUAUUAGAAAUUGAUGAAACACAACUUUCAGAAUCCAUGGUUCAGAAUUUAAUAAAGCACAUGCCUGAACAGACCCAGCUGGCUGCAUUGGCCAAACUUAAAGAUGAAUAUUGCAGCCUGUCAGAACCAGAGCAGUUUGGUGUUGUGAUGAGCAGCGUGAAGAAGCUCAUUCCACGUCUCAGCGCAAUUCUAUUUCGCCUUCAAUUUGAAGAGCAAGUAAACAACAUCAAACCAGAUAUUAUGGCUGUCAGUGAAGCAUGUGAGGAGAUAAAGAAAAGCAGGAGCUUUGCUAAACUGCUUGAGAUAGUGUUACUCAUAGGAAACUACAUGAAUGCUGGAUCCCGCAAUGGACAAACCUUUGGAUUUAACCUCAGCUCUCUUUGCAAAAUGAAAGAUACUAAAUCUGUUGAUCAGAAGACAACACUUAUCCAUUUCUUGGCUGAACUGUGUGAGAAUAAAUUUCCCGAUGUACUUAUGUUUGUGGAUGAUAUCCAAACUGUAGACAAAGCAAGUAGAGUGUCUGCCGAGAAUCUGGAGAAGACAAUUAAGCACAUGGAGCGACAGCUUCAGCAGCUUGAGAAGGAUUUGGAGACCUUUCCCCCGUCUGAUGAUGUACAUGACAAGUUUGUGACAAAGAUGUCCAGUUUUGUAGUGACUGCAAGAGAACAUUAUAAGAAACUGUCUCGUAUGUUUGAAAACAUGGAGAAGCUUUAUCGAAGUCUUAUGGAGUAUUAUGUACUUGAUGCAAAGAAGGUUUCUGUGGAAGAAUUUUUCACAGAUCUGUAUAACUUCAGGACAACGUUUCUGCAAGCAACAAAGGAGAAUUAUAGGCGCAAAGAGGCAGAAGAGAAAUUGAAAAGAGUCAGAUUGGCAAAGGAAAUGGCAGAAAGAGAGAAAGAAGAGAGACAGAAAAAGAAACGACGUCUUCUCGAAAAGAACAACGAAGGCGAAGAGACGGGAGUGAUGGAUAGCCUGCUAGAGGCCCUGCAAUCCGGAGCUGCUUUCCGAGACCGACGAAAACGGACUCCGAGGCCUAAAGAUAUACGGGACAAUUUCAGUCCAUCGUCAGAGAGGUCUGUUCUAAAGGCCUGUAACCAUGAGAACAAAAAGACACACUUUGAGAGGUCUCGCUCACGACCAAAUCUCUACUCCAAUGCACCAAGGGCUCCAGUUGCUAAGGAACUCAGUUAUGAGUUUGAAUCUCAUUCUUCUACAGUAAAAAGCAAGGUUACAGCUAGAAAAGAGGUGUGCAGCUCGGAAGGUCACAAAGACAAAGGUCCAGGCCAAAGCUCUGCCGCCAAACCAGAAUCCAUUCCUGAAGUCGAAGCUCUUCUUGCAAGGUUGCGUGCUCUGUGAUUAAAAAAAAGUCUUCCACACUGCUUUGAUUCAAAGGAUUUCUCAAAAACAAAUUGUAAUUUGGACAUCUAGCAAGUAAAAUUGUACCUACCCUCUUAAGUCAGACAUGGACUUUUCAUUGCCGUUUGGUAAUAGUAAUGAAAGAAAAAAAAUAUUACCCAGCUCCACUGCCAAUAUAAGAGUCUACGAACUGUGAUCCGGUGCUCUAGCCAGGGCGUUCAGGCCCCACAGGUGCAAUUAUUGAAUCGGGAAGGGUGGCAACUUGGAUGCUCUUGAAUAAAAGUACUUUAUUUGUGACAAGGAUACAUGGGUACAGGCAAUAUACAUAAAGCUUGUACCCGUGUAUCUAUGUCACAAAUAAAGUACUUUUGUUCAAGAGCAUCCAAGUUGACAGCCUUCCUGAUUCAACAAAAGUCUCAAACCAGUGUCUACUCCCCAAUAUCCAUGUAUUUGUAUCCUGCCUACAAUGAUCUUAUUUUUCUUCAUUGCCUAAAGAUUUCUCAACCAAAUGAUGACCCCUAAGCUGUGCAUAUUUUUUCGGUUCUUGAUAAUUAGGCUUUUCACCAAAAGAUUUCAGAAAUGCAGUAAUGAAGUGAACAUGAUUCACUCUCAAUGACAUGUAUAACUCUGCAAUGGACGUUAGUUAUUUCAACUCUCUAAAAUUACACUGGUCGCAAACCUAAGAAUUUCACACAGUUCAUGAGAUAAAAGAAAUCCAAACCAUGGCUCAUAUGCAGUGAAAUCCAUGUAAGUACGGAGUAGAUUCAGAGAUAUAGGCAGCUAAAAUAGUAGGAUAUAAGUCAAGGUUGCUCCAGCUCCCAGACUUCUCUUUAUGUGUAAAGUAUAACAUUAAUUAGGGUGGCCCUCAAGGCUGAGGAAAGGGGUCAUGUUUUUUUAGUGAAAAAUUAAAUCUGCAUAUAAAUUGAGCUUCCUAAACCUCUAGAUUACAGAUAGUUUUGACAUUUUUUCCUUUUUUAAAAAAAAAAAAAAAAAAAGUGUUUCUGCAUUGUUUUCAUUAUAAGCUCUGUUUGAACUGAGCCAUUUGUAACAGGUUUACUUUAACACUGCAAGCUAAAGGAUUUGCUUUAAAUUGUCAUAUUUAUUGUGUUGCUGGCAAUGAUGCCAUGUAGUUGACUAUUCUACACAAUCCAUAAGGGAUGUUUUUUUUUUACCUUGAACAUGGAGUAGAGAAGAGGGAAAUUGCUUUCUGUGUGGAAUGUUAUACCAUUGCUGCAUUUCUCAUCAGCAGAGUGAAAACAAAGUUUGAUGUUUUAUGCCAUGGGUCUUGUUUUUGCUUGCACAAAGUCUUAAAAGUUAAUGAAAAAUUUCAUUCUUUUAUAGUGGAGAUUUGUUCUCGCUUUCAUUUAUUCUCUGGUAUAUUUUACUCUACUAUAACUAUGUUACCAGAUAGAUAAAUCUUGAAAUGUAUUAACUGUGCAAAUCAAUGAGAGUGCAAUCUUCUUGAAAAAAUUUCUAGGCAACCGCAGGAAAUAUGCAUUACUUUAAAGGGGGGCAGGCAUUAGAUAUAUUAAAUCCAUUAUAAGACAGUAAGAGUAACCUUAAUGACUAAUUGUAUUUUAUAAGGCAGAAUAGUGGAAUAAUUACAUUUUAUAUGUAAAUGCAAUUUACUCAUCUUAUUCCUUUUUCGCGUAUGAACACAUUUGAAGUAUCCAUUCCAUCUAAAGUAAAAUGUAGAAAUAGUGUAAACUCAGGAAAUAAGGUGUACGAGUAUUCUUUAAAUGACUUAACAGUUGUUUAGUUUGUUUGGUAGGUAAUGAAUCCUAUUUGUCAUUUUUGUCACUGGCUUGCUUUGCAGUACUGGAUGCGUUUGAGAGGAGAUGUUCUUUACAUGGGUAUUGGCAAAAAUGUUGCCUUUGGAAAAGUGGAAAUAAAAACUGACAUUUACUUUACCAUGUAUAGCUGCUAAUAGAGGACAAUCUUUGUUUUUUUUCUGUACACUAUUAAAGAUUGUAGAGGCAAUAUGCAAGACAUCUUGGAUACCAAAUGUAUAAUAUUAGCAUCUGCUUUACAUGCACAUAUAUUUAUUUUAUACAGUCUUACAAUUCUUUAAAAAUUCCAAUGUAUUCUUAUAUGAAAACUCGGCUUUCUAUGCAUGUACACAAAGUUAUAGUCUUUGAACACACAUUUUUAUGUUGAGUCUGUAUGUGCGUUCUCCAGCUUUUAUGAAACGUAAUAUAUAACACAAUGCUCUUAAUGAAGCAGGGAGACUGAAAUACAAGUACCCCAUGCGGAGAAAUGUUACUGUCAUUGCAAUGCUGGAUAUCCAUUCACAGUGUGUGAUAAGGAACAUGCUGAUCUCUGCCAUGAGCUCAAAGCCAACAAAAUUUCACUUUUGGCAAGUCACUACAUAGAAGACCACCACGGCUCUGGCUGAAAACAUGCCAGUUUAUAUCGUUAUGAAUGUGGCAGUAAAAUUUCCUGCUUUUCUUUAAGGCGUACCUUUCAUGUAUACACAUCAGCCUCAGUCUUAUGUUUGUUAUUCUUUAUUCAAUUGUAUUUUCUAAACUACCACAGUGCUUUAUAUUCAAUAAACACUACAUGUUUAUUACGGAAAAAAGCCAUUAACGUUGCAAAUGCCUCACACAGUUCAGCAACUGUCCACCUUUUUUACACUGCAAGCAUAUGGCAUGGUUGUGUCAUGUUCUUUGCGAGAACAACAAGAGCACAGAUAAUGGGCACAUGGGUCAGAUUUAAUUGAUGGCUGUAACCAGUUUUGUACAGGGUAAUAUUUCACUAGAAAUGAGGCCUUGUAAUGUUUCCUAUGCAAAGUUAAUAAAUAUACAUUAGUACUGUGACACUGUGCCUGAUCAUAUUAAGAAAACACUGUUCUGCAAGCUUUAUGGAAAAGAAACCAUCCUCAUGUGUUCUCAGGUUUAGUUUAUUGUUGCAGCUAUCCAUGACAACUUAUUGGUGUGUGUUAAACAAGUUUAUGUUCUGUUUGCAUGGAGACAACCAUUGUAAAUAGCAAUGCAAAAUUAAAAAAUAUAUUUAA